CCCCAAGGAUGAGUAGGAUAGUUUUGGGCAGAGAAGACAGCUUGACCAAAGGCCCUGAGGUGUAAACAGGGACCAGUGAGUGGACUUUGGGUGGGAUGUGGCGAGAACGUGGGAAGUGGGACGUGAAGGAAGAGCCAACUCUUCCUAAAGGACAGGGCUGGAUUUGGGGCGAGUCAGGGGAGGUUGUGGUUUGAGUGGGAUCAGGAUGGGGAGGAGGGCGCACACGCUCAGGCUGUUGCUGCCACCACCCAGGGGAGAGGGUGAGGAGGUGGUGCAGCGCUUAGAGGCUUUCCCUGGGCGGUCUUCAAGGGACCACGAGGUGCCAGUGUGGCAGCUGUGACAGCCGUAUCCUCGUGCGCCUGCUUGGGCAGUAGAUCAUUUUCUAGCCUCGUUGGCUGAAAAAGACACAGAACACGAAGAGAAAGUGGAGUCUUAGAAACUUUGAAUCUCAGAAACUCCGGAGGAGCAUGGUGACUAGCGAUGGCGUCACUGAUUCUAACUCUGGAACCUCACUAUUGUCACGUUGCUGGAGUGUUACUUCAUGGCCUGUUCUUAGGCAUGUGGCUGUGUGGGGGAAAGAAUUUGAGACUGGGAGGCCAGAGACUGGGGUUCUGUCCCCUCCCCACCAGGAAGUCUCUAAAGCCCUUGGGUCCCCUGUAGGAGGAAGGUUCUACAUAGUUCUACCCAAUGCGACUCCCCUCCCUAUCUGGAGGGAGGGCCAGUCUCUGAGCAAAGCCACAUGGGUAUCAGUAGGGAGUGGGUCUUUCAGGGAGUCCAGAAACCUGCUGUAGGGUGCAGGCAGAGUGGAGGCAGACUUUGGGAGGCUCAGGCCAGCUGCAGCAUUCGGGCUGAGCCCCAACUGCUGUGGCCUCGGAGACCCUGGGAGGGGCACCGCUGCUUGGUGGCAGGCUCCUUCAGCGCUGAACUGGAAGUUCUCAGGGUAUCUUUCUGGUCCAGCUGUGGGGAUGUGGGCAGUGUGUGUAAGGGCCCAGCGUGGUGGCUGCCCUGCCCUUAGCCCGACAAGUGUUUGCUGUGGCUGGUGGCAGUCUCUUCUUUCAGUCCCCAGUGCUUUUCUGGGCCUCCACAUCCCUAAGAGUGGGCUGACUCUACAUUCCAGUUUACCCAGAAGAGUUGUUUCAUUCUUGAUAAUCAACAGCAUCCCUUUCGUUCUUUUUUUUUUUUUUUUGAGGGCAGAGAGCAGAGAUGGGGCCCUUUUUUGUUUGUUUGUUUGUUGUUUGUUUUGAGAUAGAGUCUUGCUCUGUCUCUGUUUCCCAAGCUGGAGUGCAGUGACAUGGUCUCUGCUCACUGCAACCUGCGCCUCCUGGGUAUAAAGCGAUUCUCCUGCCUCCGACUCCUGAGAAGCUGGAAUUACAGUAGCAAUGGGGUUUCGCCAUGUUGCCCAGGCUGGUCUCAAACUCCUGACCUCCUAUGAUCUGCCCACCUCAGCCUCCCAGAGUGCCAGGAUUACAGGCCAUCCAGUUGAACCAUACGGCACAUGCUUGUCCUGUCCAUCAUCGUAUUGGAUAAGGAGCCACAGAGACCUCACUGAGCUGCCGGCUUUCCAUCGCUGUGCUUCCGUCCCUAUUGGAGCAGGCGAGCCUACCUGUGGGCUGCAUCACUUUGAAUGAGGAUGCUGAGGCUCAGAGGAGCUUGCCCGGGGCCCCAGAGCAGAGGAAUACCUGCAGUCCAGUAGGCCAGGCCCUGUAGGCUGGACAGCCACGGAAGCAGGCAGUCAGGUCCUGCAGAAGGCACAGACUUGCAGGUCGCCUGCGCUGUGUGUGGCUGGUGGCAGAUAGUCCUGUGGCAAAGGCUGUUGGGGCAGGAGUGGAGCAGCAGGUGACACCUGAUAAAACAAGCUGGGACUGGACAGUGGGCUUGCUGGCAGCAGAGGGCCUGGGUGACACCCUGGUGAGGCUGAGGGGAUCUGGCGGUGGAGCGCUAGGAUCAGACGCCCCCGCGAUGACCAGCUCCCCCGUCUCCAGAGUCGUGUACAACGGCAAGAGGACCAGCAGCCCCCGCUCCCCACCCAGCAGCAGCGAGAUCUUCACCCCAGCCCACGAGGAGAACGUCCGCUUCAUUUAUGAAGCCUGGCAGGGUGUGGAGCGAGACCUGCGAGGCCAGGUGCCGGGUGGCGAGCGGGGCCUGGUGGAGGAGUAUGUGGAGAAGGUCCCUAACCCCAGCCUGAAGACCUUCAAGCCCAUCGACCUGAGUGACCUGAAGCGCCGGAGCACGCAGGAUGCCAAGAAGUCCUAGAGCGCCCGGCACCCCUCCCCGGCCUCCGGAAGAUCAGGGUGCGAGGUGUUGGUUCCCUCCUGUCCUGUGGCCCUGCCCCUGGGAUGGGGGUGCCUUGCUCCAGCGGGCUGCAGACCCCAGCACUGGCGUGACUGACGGCUGAGGCCUGCCUCUCCUUCCCAAGCCCCCUUCCUUCAUCCUUGGGGGUCUCAGGCUGCCCCCAUCAUGGGGGUCUGGGCCCUGCCCACCCUCCUGCCCUCCCCCAGCCACCUGGCUGCAUUUUUGAAGCUGCCUGGCCCCCAGGGGCCCUGACCUGACCUCUCUCCUCUCCCCUCACCCUCCUGCCCCUGGCCACUGCAGGAUCAGGAGGGGAGAAGAAGGAGCCUCUGCUGCCUCCCAGGCUGCUGGGACUGGGCUGGUUUUGUCCUUGAAGUGGUCAGGAUACAGGACAAGGGCAGCCCCACCCCAUCCAGCCUGGGCUCCCCGCAGACCCUUGCUGCUCCCGUGGCCUGGACAUGCUGGGGAGCUUCUCACACCUACCCCUACCGUCCAGCCUGGCCUCUUCCCUGAAUCAGCUUCAAGAUGGCACCAGCUCUUUGGGCCUAGGAUACUGCCGGGCCCCCCAAGAGGGUCCCCAGCAACCAGGCCUGGCCUCCUGGUGUCUGCGGUCACAGUGGCCCCUGCGCAGGGGCACCCAGGCUGACCCUGAGGUGCUGCUGCUGGGUCUGUCUUGGCUCUGGGGUGUGCUGGGAAGGUCACCAGGUCCCUUUUUCUUCCUGUGCCCUCUGAAAGCCAAGUGUCUGUGUGGCUGUGGAGCUCGAGGGUCUGUGAAUAAAGGCGGCGGCACUGGG